AUGUUACAAAAAAUAACUGGUAUAAAGAGACAAAUUCUUAUUUCUACUUGUUUGUAUGUAGGACAGACGCUUUCAGGCUUAAAUUCAGCAUGGAGUGGUCCUAUAAUUCCAAAGCUGGAAGAUCUAAAGCAGUCGCCUCUCCCUUAUUUGUUAACGGAGACACAAAUUUCUUUAGUUGGUUCACUUAUAUACUUAGGAAGUAUACCAGGGCCAUAUAUUUUAGGAUGGAUAUCAAACCUUAAGGGUCGAAAGCCUGUUCUGGUCACUGGUGGUCUGUUCGGAAUUUUAGGAUAUUCAAUUUUAGCAAUUUGCUCAAACCUCGGUAUGCUCUACAGCGGAAGAAUAUUUAUUGGAUUUUCCACUGGUAUCACAAAUAUGAUGAACAUAGUAUAUAUUGGUGAGAUGGCAUCAACUCACAUUAGAGGUAUAUUGUUAACGAUUUUUGGAAUAUGCAACACUGUGGGUUCAAUUAUAAUGUUUUCUAUCGGACCAUUUAUAUCAUAUACUAUCGCAUGUUAUGUUGGUCUUGCUAUAACUAUUGCAUUUACAUUGGGGUCAUUAUUACUACCGGAAACACCUGUUUUUUAUUUUAUAAAAGGUGAAGAAAAAAAUGCCGUGAAAGUCUUAACAGAUUUAGGAAGAUUGGAAGACAUUGAUAAGAUUUCAGAAGCGAUGAAACACAAUCUUACUACAUCUACAACCAAAGACUGGAUUGAGCUAUUCAAAUUGAAGAGUAAUAGACGAGCUUUAUUCAUUUCUACCACUUUAAAUGUGUUACAACAUUCUAGCGGUGUGCUAGCUGUUAUCUUCUUUGCUGCAUCUAUUUUUGAGAUUGCUGGUUCUUCAAUUGAUUUUAACAUAGCUAUGAUAUUAAUAGGACUGUUUCGUUUAAGUGGAAGUGUGAUAAGUCCACUCACGGUUGAAAGGAUUGGGAGGAGAAUUAUAUUGAUGACGUCCACUUUAAUAUGUUCUUUGAGUAUGUUCUUACUUGGUACAUACUUCUACUUAAACUACAUCGGAUAUUCUGGUGUUAACUACGUAAAAUGGCUACCCUUUCUGAUUCUCAUAAUGUUCUUCAUAGGUUUUGAUUUUGGUCUUGGCAUUAUACCGAAUACCGUAACAGGUGAAAUGUUUACGGUGAAUGCAAGGAGUAAUGGUUCUGCUGUUGCAUUGACAAUCGGUUGGUUAUCCGGAUUUCUGAUAACCACAGCUUUCGGUGAUAUAGUAGAAAAUUUUGGGGGACAUACAGCAUUUUGGUUUUUUAGUUGCAUAAGUGCGAUUGGGUUCGUUUUCACUUGGAUUUUUGUCCCUGAAACCAAAGGAAAGAGUUUGAUGGAAAUUCAAGAGUUAUUAGUAUACUUUGAGAUAUUCGCUGUAACGCCGUUGCGAUUUUCCCUACUGCCGGCGCAGCAUAGCGAGCUUCCUGCUCUUGUUGGAAGUCAACUGCAAACU